AGCGACCGUGGAAUAAAGGAGACGAAGUAGGCAGCCAGGUUCGGAGACCCACACACAGUCAUCAAACAGUCAAAACUGGCAAAAAUAUCUAUGAGAAGCUGUCUGGAGACUGGAUCCAGACAGCGGGGGAUGGAGCGGCCCGACAACCCUCCUGCUACCUUUCUCCAUACAACUCGCUGACCUUGAACCUCCACUGUAAUAGCAGGAACGAUAGGGAGACAAAGACACUCCUCUUUGUGAAACCCUGAGAUACAGCUUGGGUGAGAGGUGGACAGAACUGUACGAAAUAAAAAGGGAACACAGAGAAUAAGAGAGACAACGUGACGUGUUGGACAUCCAGUGAGGAUCGAGAGCCUCAGGGUGGUUCGAUCAUGAAAUCUUCCGUCUCUGUGGGGCCCCCUUCUGGCCUGCUACUGGUCCUGAUGUGCUGCCCGCUGCUGGGCUUGGUCCAGUCUGCCAGCAGCAACAAGGCCAGCGAUAACAUACACCCACACCUGGGAGACACUGACCCUGAGCGCUGCAUGAGGCACCACUUUGUGGAGACCAUCACACACCCGAUUUACAAGUGCAACUCAAAGAUGGUGUUGCUGGCGCGCUGCGAGGGCCACUGCAGCCACACGACCCGCUCCGACCCCCUCAUCUCCUUCAGCUCGGUGCUCAAACAGCCGUUCAAGAGCACCUGCUCCUGCUGCCGGCCACACACCUCCAAGCUGAAGGCGGUGAGGCUGCGGUGCGCUGGCGGGACUCGCAUUACGGCCACUUACAGAUACAUCUUAGCCUGCAACUGUGAGGAGUGCAGCUGAGCAGGGAGCACCACCCUCCCAAACCCUCAAGACUCAGGAUCCUCUUGGCCUUGGGCUGUACUCUAAAACUAUUCAGAGGUUUUUGGUUGAUUAUUGGAUCCGAAAAAGGAGGAGCGGCUCAAGUUGCUUGUUGUUAUCUUGGGAGUGAUAGUUUGGAGCAAUUGUACCACUCUACAUAGGCCUUAAUAUUGACCCGCAGCCUUUGGAACAUAGACAGAACAUACUAUACCCUCUCCGUUAUGUGCAUUCAAUCAGUACAAAUCAUACGAAGCAUAUUACACAAGGCCAGACACCACAAACUGCUGCUCCCAUGGGCCGGAUGGAGACCCUCCUCACUGCGGAGACGCACUGCACUCAUCACAGGCCUCCGUAAUUCAUAACACACAUGCUCACAAACCACAGUAUGAGAGCUCAUUAAAUAUAUCUGUAACAGCUUUCUGUCUGCUCCAUAAAAACCCCACCGCACAUUUGACAACAAAACAACACGCCUCGUUAAAAAGCAGCAUGGGAAAGGAUGAGGCUUGAUGAGAACGAGCGGGUCCACAUGUGCCCAGACAUGUGGUGGAUCUAUAGACCAGCACCUGCGCUGUGCUUAUUCACCCAAUAACAUUUUACACACUCCCUGCAGACUUUAUCUAGCUGUGUAAAACAUGAGCGAUGCUGACAGGAGAGCUCGUCAGGCGAACAAUAAGAGAGAAGUGGCAGACAGUGUAAGAAGAGCUCUGAGGACGCAGGAAGACCAAGGAGAAAGGUUAAGCCAGCGUCUGGGUGGUGGUGUGGAUUGUCAAUAGACUGUCAAGGCUAGCAGUGUUCAUUUUAAAUCUAAUCUAUUCUGUUUGAAUCUUUGUGAUGUUUCUGUCUGCAUUAUUGAAACUGUAACUGGUGGAUCAAACAAGCUGCGCUUUGCCUGUUGCAUAUUGACAUGGAAAGACUUGGAGGAAACAUGUUUGCUCUGCAUACAUCUGUCCAGCCUGCAUACCGUUUCCUCCUAGUCCACCAUGGUGAAUACAAACUCACGUGUGAUUGAUUCGGUGUGUGUGCCAGGCUCUAAACUUUAUUGGCCAUCAGAUCUUGUGGUCAGUUUAUCUGAAUUCAAAAAGUCAGUCCCAUUGUACCAAUUGUGGUUUCUUCUAUUAAAACUCCAGUUUUCCUACACUACAAACAUUUCAGGGCAUGAACAAAGUAAUGGGGGGUUUUAUGGCCGCAGAAAAGGGCCAUAAUUAUUUGGAUUUUAUUAGCAACUGAAUACGUUUUUUCAUGACAUAAAUAGAAUAUUGAAUAGAAUAGAAAGAUUUUAAUUUGAAAUCUAUCUGACUUAAAAAUUCAAAUUAAGCUCAGUUUAAUUCUGAUCUAAAACAUUCAAGUGAGGUAAAAAAAAUAAUAAUAAUAAUAAUCUUGUUGACUGGCUACAUCCAGACACCAGAUCAAUCAGACCUUUGUCUGACUGUCUCAGGUUACAUCGUCUCAGUCACAUGAUCCAAGAAAGAAAAGUUCUGAUGAAGGACUGGAAACUUCAGACACUGGAAUUUUCUGAAUUUGUGAACUUGAUUUUUUGUUUUUUUUUUUAAAUAAGGGAAUUCAAACCAUAUGAUGGCGCUCUGGUACCAGCUUGACUCAUCUAUACUCAACUCGCUUUUGGUGCCCCGUCCUCCAUUUUCCAUUGCAGAUAUAUGCCGCAUUCCAGACCGGUCGGGAACUGGGAAUUUUCAAAGUUGAAAUAUUUGACUUCCGACCUCAAAUCGUUUCAAGUGCAUGGUGGUGCAUGACGCCAAAUGUAAACAAUAAACAUGGCUAGCUAACUGUAACAAACUUAUGUUUCUUUUCUGUGUUUACUUUAACCAGCUGCCUAGUAACAUUGACAAAAUAUGUCUACAUCAAUUUACAUGCAGAACAAGUUUCACUAUUUGAUACUAAUAUGUAUUCUUUUUAAUUUAAUACUUUACUUUGCCUUUUAGUUCAUGGUUUACCAUUUACAAUGUGUGCUUCCAUGGGAGCUGCCAUUAUUGCGUGACGUCAUUCGGCUGCUACUGGUGGUACAUAUUUUUCACAAGUAGGAAAUCCGACUUCAGGUGGUGUUCCAUAGUACUUUUUCUAGUUGGAGGUUGGAAAUUUCCCUGUUCCGAGUUGCCUGAAAUGCACCCUUCAAUCUCACUGGUCAUCAUAGCGAAGCCACACGAAACUGCCCGUGACGUAGCCUAAUCUUCAAUGUGAAACCUUUUUAUAUACAGUUAAUGCGUGAAACACAUCGGUGACCCACACAUAACCAAACGCCCCACACACCUCUCCACACAUAGGACUCAUUUGACCAUGGCGUGGACUUGCGGGUUGCCAUAAUAAUGAUAAAGUGAUAAAGUACAGAGAGUAUCCUUACAGUUACUAUCUCGCAAUCUUUUGCUAAACUAUUUAAAAAUGGUGGGUUUGUUCAGGACGCCCCGUCUGGCACGCACAAUGAUGAUGCAGUGAAAUGUGACAAUUCUCUCUGACCAAUCUGUAGUGUUUCGACAGCGGCGAUACCAAAAAGCCUACCAGAUACCUACCAGGAACCAGAUUUAUCCAAUGGAAAACCAAAAACAGAGAGUAGAGGUGAGGUGCAUUGAGCUGGUACCAUCGGGUGGAAAAGUGACUUAAGGUUUACAAUCAGUGGUAUCAGCAGCAACGUGUUUGUAACAGCAGGAUUUUUUUCCAUCUCUGACACAGCUGUGGGAAAGUGAAGAGUAAGCAGUCUGAUAGCAAUGGGAGAAGUUUACAAACAGUAACGCUGGACUACAAACAUGCAUCGCUUCCUCGUGCACAGGAAUGGCGGACUCCACCACUAACAACAAACACAACUAUAAAAAGAGAUACUGCAGUUACCAUAAAUUGCAUCAAAAGUGGGGUUUGAUUUUAAUGAAAGUUAUAAGUAUUCAGUGGUGGUUCAAACACACCAUUGCUUGUACAGUUACUUUAAUUAGGCCUAUUAUGGCAUUCCUUUGCUUCCUUAGGUUUUGACUGGCAUUCCAGCAAAAAAAAUGCAAAUGUCAAGAAAAGUCUCUUUGAUGAUAAAAAACAAAAAGUUAUUCUGAUGUCUGCAGAAUCAUGGCUUACUUGUAACCUCACUGAAACUUGUAUCCAAUAUACCUUAAUGAAAACCAGCCUGUUACUCUCCAGCCUGAGGUACAACAAAGCUGAACGUAAAAGAAAUAAAAACUGAGAAGUAUAAAAGAAGACUGGAGGUGGUCGAGUGCUCAGAAAGACUGUCCAUUUUGGCAGUUAUGUCAGUGACGGAUGCGAUCAGCAGAGGUGUCUAUGAGCAAGACACUGAAUCCUUGACUUCCCUGAGGGAGAAUAAAAGCCAAAUCUCCUCGUGUGUAUUAAUUGUCCCAUUAAAAAUGUAUGUGAAUGCGUGACAUGUUACAGCUACAAGCCCUCGCCCUUAUAGCUUACAGACUUUAUGGUUUUUCCACACACACAUGCAUACAGUAUAUGCACCCUGUACAGAUGUGUUGUGUUCAGAGCUGAAAUGUUACCCUCCCCUGUGAAACAGCCCAAUAUGCUGCUCUGUGGACGUUUCAAUCCCGACUGCAACUGACAGCACGGCCAGCUGCUUCACACGUGAACAUAAUAAAAUCGUUUUCCUUUGA